UGCCAAAGACAACGUUUUGAAGGGACCUAACAAAUAAACAACUGCAAUAAUGUUCUGCUAAAAUAAUAUAAAACCAGUUAUCAUUUUAAUAAGAUAAAUAUUCUGGAAGGCUUUAUAUCAUUUUAGAGUGGAUAUGUUGACCUUCGUCUUUGUGUGCCUCUCUAUCUCAGUUACAGGCCUGCAUGCCGAUUUUACGGUUGUUGUUGGUAGUCCCUCAGUAAAAGUGAAAGAGAAUAAGGGAGUUGAUUUGAAAUGUUCCUACACCGCUGACUUUGGUGCAACACCCAGAAUAGAAUGGAAGUUUAAGGAUCUCAAGGGCUAUCAGUUUUUUAUCUACUUUGCUGGAAUGAUAACUGCUGAAUAUGAAGGCCGUAUCACUAUGUAUGAUGGAGGACUGAGAUUUAACAAGGUGACACGAGCAGACAGUGGAGACUAUGACUGUGAGGUUUCUGGCAAUGGUGGAUAUGAUGAGAAGACCAUCAAGCUUACGGUCCUUGUGCCUCCUUCCAAGCCCGUAUCCAGAAUUCCUUCAUCAGUCACAACAGGAAAUAAUGUCCGCCUGACCUGCUUUGAUGCAGAUGGCUCCCCUCCAUCCACCUAUAGGUGGUACAAAGACAACACUCCCCUCCCUGAAGAUCCAACCAAGUUCCCCAAUUUUAAGAACCUCACCUACAAGAUGAACGUCUUCAAUGGUAACCUGGAGUUCCCGAGCAUAUCUAAACUGGAUACUGGUUCAUAUUUUUGUGAGGCCAGUAAUGGAGAAGGCGCUGCUCAGCAUGGAGAUGCAGUGCACAUGGAAGUCUAUGAUGAGGACAACAGCCAAGCACCAGCUGUGAGUGGCAACUUGAGCACUGAGACCCAGAAUGUCCCAAGCAAGAUCACCAUGAACCACAUGCUGGAAAAACAGUAUGGUAUAUUCAUGUUGCAAGAGGUGAAACUAAAACUAGAGAUACAAAAACUAGAAUUAGAAAUAACCAAGUUAAAGUUAGAGGUUCAAAAACUUGGACAAUAACCUUAAAGUCUGUGUAAAGCAAUAUUAGAUGUGUUCUGAGUUUGUCACACCACAGAAAAAAAAUGUGU